AUGAAGAGCGUCUCGUGGGCGCGCUUGCACACGUCACGGCACUCGGGGUCGGCGACCGACUCGAUAAUGCGCUUGAGCGUCGGGAGGACCUUGGGCGUGAAAAGCAUGGCCUCGGCCGGGUCUUCGACGAGCUUGCACAUGUUGUCAAUAAUGACAGCGGUCUGGCGCUUGACGGCCGUCUUGUUCUCGUUAAGACCACGGACAAGGAGCGGCUCCAUGAUGGCGAGGGCCGGGGCCUCGACCGUCUUGACGAACGUCGUCGACGCGAGCUUGUGGACGCACUCGGAGACUUCGGCCGGGUUGGCAAUGCACGAGAUGAGCGCAGGGAUGAAGGGCUCGAUAUCGGCGUUCGAGGCCGUACCGCAGGCCUUGAUCAUGAGGGCAUGGGCAGCCUUCUUGACCUCAGCACGCGUGUCCCAGAUCUGCUCCGAGGCGUUGGGCAUGAUGUCGGGCAAGCAGCGCGAGAGCUGGACGGGGUGGAGCUCGGCGAGGUCGUUGAUCAAGUUGAGCGCACCUUCCUUCGUCUGCCACUUCUUGGUGCGGUCAAGGCCCGAGAAGAUCUGCGGGAGGAGCACACGGAGCGCGUUGUGGUUGGCGGCCUGCACGAUGGCCUUGGCGGCGGCGGCAGCCGGCGCGCGGACCGUCAUCUUCUUGUCGGCGUACAAGUCGAGGACGGCGCCGAGGAGCGGCGCAAGGUAG